AUGCGAGGCCAAUUGCCACUAUCACGAGUGGCACAACGUCCUCUCAGCAGGAUAAGACCGUCUUACGUCUGCCUGCAAUGUCGUGCGAUCCAGAUCAGCGCCGCGCCGACGACGGAGUCGCCCAAGGUGGGAGGUGAUGCCUUCGGCGCGCCUUCGCAAGGCUUCAGGGACACAGCAGACGCUCGGUUUGAAGUGCUUGGCUCGCCGUACUCGCUCCUAUCCGUCACCCUCUCCGCCUCACAAAAGCUGUACACGAGACGAGGGACGCUCGUGACAGUCGCAGGAAAGGCACAAAAUGCCCAAUCCACACUCAGCCUCCUCAGCCCCUUUCGCCACGCCCUCCUCGGCAUGCCCUUCCUCUAUCAGCGCAUCUCCUCUACCUCUCCAAUAACAGCCCUGAUUGCGACCAAGUCCCCUAAUACCACGUUCUCGAUCUUACACCUCGACGGGACUACCGACUGGCAAGUCGCGCAGCGGAAUGCCCUCCUCGCAUGGACCGGCCACACCCUGUCCAUCACACCCAGGGUCCAGCGCGGGCUGGCGCCAGCACACUGGGGCAACCAUCACCUGACGGGCCGUGGCAUGGCUGCUCUUGCAGCACCAGGCCAGAUAUACGAGGUCACGCUGUCGGAAGGCGAGGAGUUGGUUGUACAUCCCAGUCAUGUUGUGGCAUACAGCGUGGACAGGAACCCUCCGGUGCCAUUCCGCUUCAGAAGUGCUGGGAUCAGAUUGACGGUCCCCAGCCUCCCAGCCAGCCUGGUGCCACAGGGCCUGGCCAGGUUCUGGAAGGAGAUGAAGGAGACGGCAGUCUACAAAUUUCUGGCAAAGGUACUGUUCAGCCUGCGAACACAGACGAGGAGAUCUAUUUUUGGGGACAGGUUGUUCUUGCAGUUCAAGGGCCCCACGGCAAUAUUGAUGUCCAGUCGCGGCGUCAGAAUCAGUGACGUGUUGACAAAGGACGACGUGAAUGAGAUUGCGGAUGCCGAGGCCGGCAUUGUGCCCAAGGCCGUGGAGCAGGCUGCGAAGCCCAAGAAGGAAGGCGAUGCGACCACACCAGGUUCUGGCGCAUCAGCACCGGCGAGUGCUGCUGAACAGCCAGUUGCCAUACAUGUGGCCAGUGUGGGAAAGGACGGAAAGGUCCAGUUUGAAGACACCAAAGAUCUGAAGGAUUUUGUCGGGCGGUGAUACGAAUUCCGAAAUCGGUCUCAUUCUUGACAGAGACCCAAACUGCAGAUCAUAGUAGGGGGAAUCUUGUUGUACAUAGUGAAUAGCACGUUGAGCAAUGAUAUUUGCCCGAUCAAAU